AUGGAGAGUCCUGAAACUGUUCCCGCAGCAGAUCGGGGGCCACCUCACUCGCAUGCAAAGGAGGGUAAGGGCGAGAAGGAAACGGAGAUCCUGGAGUACUGCUUGAAGUUGUGGAAAGAGCGCGAUCCAGAUCUGACGUUGCGACUGCCGAUGGCUGAAGCCGUGGUUUACGUGACCGAUGCUGUGAAGUUCGGCUUGGAGCUGCAGAGCCGGCAGGGCGAAGACGUGCACGCCAGGAAAGCGGCCGCAGUGCCCAAGUUCGGCUCUGCCAUGAUCACGCAAGUUCCGAUGAAAUUCAUCCGCCCCAUGGACCUGCCAGUGGAUGCAGCCGGGGAGGUCUCGUUUCUUUCAGCUCUUCUACAGGUCUUGAAGCUACUGUGCCACAAAUGGGACCCGGAUCUCAUGGUGGAGAUCGAUGAUGUGGAGGAGGGUCUGGACCCAAUGGUGGCGGAGAAGCUCAAGAUGGAGAAGAUCCUUCAGAUCAAACAUCGUGUGUUGAAGGCGGAUCGCAGCGCUUUCGUCAAGGACCAUGUCGCUGCAUUGAAGAUACAGCGCAUCAUCCGCGAUCGACGCGCUGCCAAAUCCCUCGCCGCGCGGCGAGCAGGCCAGCGGCAUUCUUUCCAGGACCAAGUAAGCUGA